AUGAACAAGACUAAAGGUAUUGGAUGGGUUGUUGGACUCUUAGUAUGGUCCCUCCAUGGAAUUAUGGGCUCCGCUUUGGAAUGUGCAGAUAAGGAACCUGGAAGCAUGCGCUGCACUAUCUCUGUGGAAAAGCUUCUGGACAGAGCCAUCCAGCAUGCUGAACUCAUUUACCGGGUCUCCGAGGAGUCCAGGAUGCUUUUUGAGGAGAUGUUCAUUCCACUCACGAUGCUCGCACCACAAACCAGAGGAGGACACAUGUGCACCUCCAAAAUCAUACCCAUUCCAACGUCUAAAAGUGAAAUCCAGCAAAUCUCUGACAAAUGGCUCCUUCACUCAGUAUUGAUCUUGGUUCAAUUCUGGAUUGAUCCUCUGAUCGACCUGCAGUCUUCUCUAGAUCGUUACGACAACGCACCAAAUGCCCUUCUCAACAAGACUAAAUGGAUGUCAACCAAACUCAUGAAUCUAGAACAAGGAGUGUUAGUCCUCAUUCGAAAAAUGCUGAAUGAAGGUAGUAUGCAGAUAGAAGACAAUGAGAGCCUGACCGGUGUCCUUGUGCCUCCUGAUAUGGUCGAAUCUGUGCUGAGAGACUAUGUGCUGCUCUCUUGUUUCAAGAAAGACGUACACAAGAUGGAGACCUUCCUGAAACUUCUAAAAUGUCGUCAGACAGAUAAGCUGAGCUGCUCACUCUUCUAA